ACAGUCGUCCAACAUGAAGCUACUUAUCAUACUGCCAGUGCUGGUUGCUGCAGCGUCUGCAGCGCUUCAGACGUACUCUGCCCCAGAAGCAGGGCAAGCUGGACCCUCUGGUGGUGUCCCCCUCCCUACAGGAGCUGGGCUUUCAACUGGCGCUGGCCACUCUGCUGGAGCUGGCCACUCCGCUGGACUUGACCUCUCCACUGGUGCUGGCCACUCUGUCGGUGCUGGACACUCUGUCGGUGCUGGCCACUCUGUCGGUGCUGGACACUCUGUCGGUGCUGGACACUCUGUCGGUGCUGGACACUCUGGCGCUGGACACGCUACUAGCACUAGCCACUCUGCUGGUGCUGGACAUGCAUCUGGCGCGAGUCAAGCUAUCGGUGCUGGCUUUGCGGCAGCAUGUAGAGAAGGUGAAGUCCUGCACGUAGAUGGUACUUGUGUUACCCCGGAAAUUAAUCAAAAGGUAUACGUUUUCGAUGUACCUGAACAACCUAGGGAACCCAGUGGUCCACUACCUGUCAUUCCUCCACCUCGUGUUGACCACAAUAUCCUGUUUGUGCGUCUGCCUGAAGACGGCCCUGGACCUGAACCCAUCGUUCUUCCUCCACCCAGGCAACAGAGCAUUGUGUACGUGCUCAACAAGAAGACAGAAGAGGGUCAGCGUGUGAUCGAAGUACCAGCUCAUCCUCAGUCCGAUCCUGAGGUCUACUUCGUCAACUACGAAGACGGAGAAAAUCCAUCUCUUCCCAUUGGUGUCGACCUAGAGACUGCUCUUAGUGCAGCUGCUGCAACGAGCGGCCAGGUUCUCGGUGGAGGAUUUGGUGGAGCUGCAGGCGCUGCCGGAGGCCUUGGUGGAUUUGGUGGCGCUGCAGGUGGUGCCGGAGGCCUUGGUGGAUUUGGUGGCGCUGCAGGUGGUGCCGGAGGCCUUGGUGGAGCUGGAGGCCCUGGUGGAUUUGGUGGAGUCGGAGGUGCUGCUGGAGGCCAAGGUGGAUUUGGUGGUGGCGCAGGAGCUGCCGGAGGCCUUGGUGGAUUUGGUGGCGCUGCAGGUGUUGCCGGAGGCCUUGGUGGAGCAGGAUUUGGAGCUGGAGGCCCUGGUGGAUUUGCUGGAGCCGCAGGUGCUACAGGAGCUGAUGGUGGAUUUAGCGGAGCUGUUGGAGCUGCAGUAGGGCUUAAUGGUGGCCACGCUGGAGUUGGUGGUGUAGUAGGAGCUGCCGGAGGAAGUCUAGUCAGUGGUGGUUUUGAUGAUGAUGAUAGCCACGAAAUUAUCAGUGGUGUACUCGCAACAUCUCCGGUUAUAGCGCCUACUCCUUCUGGUGUGUAUGGUACACCCUGAUAUAAAAGAAGAAAAAUACAAUAGACGGUAAAUUUACAUAAGUGAAUAUAUAUAAUAUAUGUAAAACAUAUCUUCCCUACCGAAAUAAAGUCGAUAAGUACAA